AUGGAGGCCGAGCUCCAACGCAUGGAGACCGAGCUCCAACGUGAGAGGGCGACUGUCGCCAUGAUCACCGGAACUCUCGAGGAGAAGGACAAAGCCCUCGAGGAGAAGUACAUGGCCCUCUGGAACAUGGAGGUUGCCCUCAAGGAGAAGGAGGACUCCUUGUUUGCGCACCAGGAAGCCACACGGGACCAGCAGGAAGAGGCGCAAGAAUACAUCACGGAGCUGAAGAAGGCAGUGGCGAACGAGACCGCGGCGAAGGAGGCUGCCAACACCGCGUUCACGGCGGUGCAGGACGAGUACGCUGAGCUGGAGCGGACCACCGUGGCCAUGAGUCAGGAGCUCGAGGGGGCAAAUGCUCAGCCUAGUAGCUCGAUGGCCAGCCGCCUGCGAGCGCUGGGCGAUCGAGUCACUGAGCACGCCAAGAGCACCUUCCGCCUUGGCGUCCAGCGAGCCCUUGCCGUGGCCUGGUACGUCGUCCUAUCCGACGCCAGCACGGACGCCGCGUCGGCCAUCAUGAAUGAUGCUGAUGCCGCCAUCGAGGAGUUCGCCGCUGCUUUGACCGAAAAGCUCGAAGCCGACAUCCCCCCGAUAGCUGAAUUUGAUGCGGUUGAAGAUCCGCCGAGGGGGGAAGACAACCUGUAG